ACCUUGCUACGCUUUGCGUCGCUUUGCUAGGAGCAGUCACCUCCUCCUUGGCAAAUAGUCCUCGGCGGGGUCCGAGUUCUUGGAUAAUAGGAGAAGGGGGUCACAAGAAGUUGCAGCCAGGGAACACGGAAUCGACAAGGAGAAGAAGAUAGAGACCAAAGUUUCUGCGAUACUGUGUGAACUUAGUUAAAAACUCCCUCCUUCCUAAAAGGAUCCUUCCGCCUGCAGUAGCGGUGGUGAGGCCGAGGGAGCCGCCAUUUUGGAUGUUCGGUUCCUGCUGCCACUGCUGCCGCCGCCCCCGGAGCUGCUGGUUUCAUUCGAGGUUUCGGGCCGAGGAUGCCAGCCCCCAUCAGAUUGCGGGAGCUGAUCCGGACCAUCCGGACAGCCCGAACCCAAGCCGAAGAACGAGAAAUGAUCCAGAAAGAAUGUGCUGCAAUCCGAUCAUCUUUUAGAGAAGAAGACAAUACGUACCGGUGUCGGAAUGUGGCAAAAUUACUAUAUAUGCACAUGCUGGGCUACCCUGCUCACUUUGGACAGUUGGAAUGCCUCAAGCUUAUUGCCUCUCAAAAGUUCACAGACAAACGCAUUGGCUAUUUAGGGGCAAUGCUGCUGUUAGAUGAAAGACAAGAUGUCCAUCUUCUCAUGACAAACUGUAUCAAGAAUGAUCUUAAUCAUAGCACGCAAUAUGUACAGGGGCUAGCACUUUGUACCCUUGGCUGCAUGGGCUCUUCAGAGAUGUGCAGAGAUCUUGCAGGAGAGGUAGAGAAACUCCUGAAAACCUCCAAUUCUUACUUAAGAAAAAAGGCAGCACUGUGUGCUGUUCAUGUCAUCAGGAAGGUUCCUGAACUUAUGGAGAUGUUUUUACCAGCAACAAAAAAUUUAUUGAAUGAAAAGAACCAUGGUGUCCUUCACACAUCUGUAGUCCUCCUCACAGAAAUGUGUGAACGAAGCCCAGACAUGCUUGCACAUUUCAGAAAGAAUGAAAAGCUUGUGCCCCAGUUAGUUCGUAUUCUAAAGAACCUCAUCAUGUCGGGAUAUUCACCAGAACAUGAUGUUUCUGGUAUCAGUGACCCCUUUUUGCAGGUACGAAUUUUGCGGUUAUUAAGAAUUUUAGGACGAAAUGAUGAUGACUCAAGUGAAGCUAUGAAUGAUAUAUUAGCACAGGUUGCCACAAAUACGGAGACUAGUAAAAAUGUAGGAAAUGCUAUUCUUUAUGAAACGGUUUUGACUAUCAUGGAUAUUAAGUCAGAGAGUGGACUGCGAGUCCUAGCCAUAAACAUCCUGGGUCGUUUCUUAUUGAACAAUGACAAGAAUAUUAGAUACGUAGCUUUGACAUCUUUGUUGAAGACUGUGCAGACAGAUCAUAAUGCAGUACAGAGGCACAGAAGCACAAUCGUGGACUGUUUAAAAGAUUUGGAUGUCUCAAUAAAACGGCGUGCAAUGGAAUUGAGUUUUGCCCUGGUAAAUGGGAAUAAUAUCCGAGGCAUGAUGAAGGAAUUACUUUAUUUUCUGGAUUCAUGUGAGCCAGAAUUUAAAGCAGACUGUGCAUCUGGAAUCUUUCUUGCUGCAGAAAAGUAUGCACCUUCCAAACGGUGGCAUAUAGACACAAUUAUGCGUGUUCUGACAACGGCAGGAAGCUAUGUUCGUGAUGACGCAGUCCCCAACUUGAUCCAGUUAAUAACCAAUAGUGUGGAGAUGCAUGCCUAUACUGUCCAGCGCUUGUACAAAGCAAUUCUUGGUGAUUAUUCUCAACAACCUUUGGUACAAGUGGCUGCAUGGUGUAUAGGUGAAUAUGGAGAUCUUCUUGUAUCAGGCCAGUGCGAAGAGGAAGAACCUAUUCAGGUAACGGAAGAUGAAGUGUUGGAUAUUUUAGAAAGUGUCUUAAUCUCUAAUAUGUCCACCUCUGUGACCCGAGGUUAUGCCCUCACUGCCAUUAUGAAGCUUUCUACUCGAUUCACCUGUACAGUAAACCGAAUUAAGAAAGUGGUUUCCAUCUAUGGAAGCAGCAUUGAUGUGGAACUCCAGCAGAGGGCGGUAGAAUAUAAUGCACUUUUUAAGAAAUAUGACCAUAUGAGGUCUGCCCUCCUUGAGAGAAUGCCUGUCAUGGAAAAAGUGACCACAAAUGGCCCUACUGAGAUUGUGCAGACAAAUGGAGAGACAGAACCAGCUCCACUAGAGACCAAACCACCACCCUCUGGGCCACAGCCCACCAGCCAGGCCAAUGAUUUAUUGGAUUUGUUGGGAGGAAAUGACAUAACACCUGUUAUUCCAACUGCACCUACGAGCAAACCAGCUUCUGCUGGUGGAGAACUUCUUGAUUUGCUGGGAGACAUCAGCCUUACAGGUGCUCCAGCUGCUGCUCCUGCCCCUGCCUCAGUCCCACAGGUAGCCCAGCCCCCCUUCUUGUUGGAUGGGCUUUCAUCACAGCCUCUUUUCAAUGACAUCACUACAGGCAUCCCCUCCAUCACAGCAUACAGUAAGAACGGCUUGAAGAUAGAAUUCACCUUUGAACGGUCAAAUACCAACCCUAGCGUCACAGUGAUAACGAUACAGGCCUCCAACAGCACAGAGCUGGACAUGACGGACUUUGUUUUUCAGGCUGCAGUACCAAAGACAUUCCAGCUGCAGCUUUUGUCUCCAAGCAGCAGCGUUGUCCCAGCAUUUAAUACGGGGACCAUCACACAAGUCAUUAAAGUUCUCAACCCGCAGAAGCAACAGCUGCGAAUGCGAAUCAAGCUCACAUAUAACCACAAGGGCUCAGCAAUGCAAGAUCUAGCAGAAGUGAACAACUUUCCCCCUCAGUCCUGGCAAUGAGGGCCCGGCACCAUUCUCAUUCUUGUCCCACUCAAUCAAAGGAACCCUGGGAAGGAGGUUGUGAUCGCUGGCAAGUCCCCCCCAACUGUACCAUGGGCAUGAGGAGCUAAAGAGAACUGUUGAGGAGGAUUUUCCUGAAGUUAUUGCUGACCUUGAAGCAUUGUCAAAGACGAAUCUCCUCUCCUCCACUGUUGAGGCCGGCUGCUUCUGGAGGCUACUUUGCACUCUUCCUCCUCUUCUCCUUUGUCCGCACUUCUCUACCCCUCCCACAUUUACAGCCAGAAUCAACAUUCCCUGAGCCCCUGAGGAAAUAAGCAGCUGGUCUGGAGGAGAGGACUGGAAUCCAUGGCAAGAAAACACUCACUCUGUGUCUGCAGCAAAGAGUUGCCCCUUCUUUCUACUGUGUUUUUCUGUGGACUGGGCGAGGUGGGGGUAUCCACUCCUCAGUAGCUGGGUUACCAUCUUCAGGCGCUUUUUACAUCAGGCAUUCAGAAUGGAAAUGUUAACAAUGGACAUUAGGGAGCCCUGCCUUUUUCUACUGGUUCCCCCAAUGUUUGAAAGAGGCAUUAGGCUCCUGGUAGCCUUUUCUGUGCAUUGCUGUAUACACACAGACAGACACAUGUAUGUAAUUUUGUUACCAACACCUGGGCAGACCUGGAGAGGUUAUUUGUAAACACUGGACAGAUGCAGUUAAAAAGAGCUUGUGUUGAGAUUCGGCAUGAAGGAUAUGGUGCUCUCUUUGUAAUAGAAACUCCCAAGGCUCUUCCAGCUCCCCUUUCUCUCCAUUCUUUAGCUGUAGUCAUGAAUACUCCCCAUGAUUUUCAAAAUUGAUUCCCCUGAAAGUGCAAAGUGGACAGCUUCUAAAAGGCAUAUUAAUAGUUAUUAAUGCCCCUAUCCCCACCACAAAUUUUAAAGUUUCUCCUAAGCCCAUAACUUGCCUGUUGAACUAUGGUAAAUGGGUGGAAAGAGGAGUUUGCUUUUUAAGAUCAGACUCCUUAACAAAAGCACCUUUGCCCAUAGGAAGAGUGAGUAUCAGACUCAUCCUAGAGCAUAUUGGAGUCAUCUUCUCCAUUACUCCAAACCUUCCUUUUUAUUUCCUGAGCCUGGCUUGGACCUUGGCAUUCCAUUUGAAUUCCUUCUUCUAACUGGAACAUUUGUGUUGUAUCUGUAACACUGGCACUGAAAUAAAGACCACGCGGUUAAAGAAACCUUUCCUAUAUUGUACUUUAUGGUGUUGGAAUGAAGCCUUGUAGCUUCCUUGCCCCCUUGUGAGAGGAAGUCUUAUGGACACCAUA